CAUCGUGUAUAUAAAUCAUAAUUACCAGUAUACGCAAUAUUAAUCUUCAGUAGAUUUUGAAACAAGUAUUACUUAUGAUUUGUUUUAUGGAAUAUUUACAAAAUGCCAUUUUACAGUCUCAAGCCAUCGAACGUUUUAUACUCUCAAGAUUCUAUUGCAAGCAAAUUCAGAAGCGGCCGCCUGAUAGGAGAAAUUCGGGAUGACAUUUUAGAUGGGAUUAUAUCUGUCAAAGACUUACCAAGGAUCAAGGUUAAACUAAUUGACGGUAAAUACGUUUCCGCUGAUAAUAGACGUUUAUGGGUUCUGAAGGAGUUAGAGAGGUUAGGUCAUCAUGAACAUAUUGAAGUUAUUAUAACAACUAAAAAAAUGGACACGAAGAAAUCUGAAAGGACAGAUCAAAUAAAAAUUCGUGGUGGUGGACCUGGUGGAAGGUCAACAGAUAUUAAAAAAUAUGAUUGUAAAGUAAUGAUCAGUGAAGAAUAGACAUAUGAAAAGUAAAGAAACAAUUAUUAAAUAAAGUGACGUUCAUAGAGAUUGCCGAAAGUAGAUACAGUUGUUGUUGAACUGAAAAAGACUAAUUAGUAGGAGUUGGAAACGAUAUUGGGAAACGAAAUGUAAGCAGUGUUCUUUGUGUGUAUUCCUUUGUGACAAUUGAGAAAUUUAUUAAAAGUGGUGAAAGUUAGAUUGUAUAUGCACAAUAUGUAUUCAUUAAUAAUGUCAGUUUUAUUAAAAAAUUUCAUUCAA